AAUCACCCAAUACCUAAGGGAUAUUCUUAACCACGGGAAUUAUUUCUUACAUCCAAUUUCUCCUCGUACAAACGACCUCCAACACGACAUUCGCGUCCCUACGGCGAAUUAUAAACACCACCUCUCUACCCACUGAUCUUCGAUCCUACGAAUUGAACAGAGCGACAUUUCUGUGACCGUGAGAAGUAUUUUCAACCGCAUACUAAAUCUUCAAUCGACACCGUCGCGUUUGCAAUUGCCCAGUUUUGUUCGCAUUAAAAGUUCCUCCCGACAAUCAAGGCGAAAGCCUUCGAGCUCUCGACAAUGCUGUCAAUAUCGCACCAUCCUGAUGGAGGUGACAUGGCAUCGCAAACCGCAGACGACGCAGGGCUACAAGUGAAGCUUAUGGGGCUCAAAGUCCAAUAUACUUUUGAUGCGGAUCGACAGGAGCGCUGUCUUGCCCGAUGGCCGAAUCUUCUUCAUGUUCAGACAUAUCCUAUCGACGAACAAAAUAGGAUUGGAAUUAUUGAUCUGAAGAUCUGUCUACAGACGAUUGCACAAUGCAGUCCCGAGUUGAUUAGCGAUACCGAGAAUGACUACACGGUUUACGCUUACGAUUAUUCUGAACCCGAUGUUCCCUUGGUUGGACAAGGCAUGCUCAGCUGGGGGUUAAACCAAGAACCGAGUUCGAGUGACAACCCCAGUCUUGUUACUGGCCGAAUUACCAAAAACCCACUGGCCGUUGUAUCAAAUGGCAUUAGAGAGACUCUUGAGGUCAAAUUCAAGUUGACCCUUGUCACCAGAACAACACGAAGCCAUCCUAUUCUCCCUCACCAAAUCUAUUCCCAAACUGCUUCGAUUUCUCGAGCUUCUCCAUCCGCCCCCCCAGAGAAUUCAGAUUGGCAAUCCUUCACCCGAUCCAACUUGAACACUGCACAGACUUUAGGAGCGCCUAUUGGAAUUGGCACCAUGGCUACUUCACAAAAUCAACAAGGCCAGCCAAACUACGAGGCUAGGCCGAGCAGCCAAGGUCCACUGCCAACCUCAGAGCGCCGCACUACUUCCGUUGAACCUACUCUAAGAGAUUCCGUUAGGUCUUUUGCAAUGGGAAUUCCUGACUCACAAGUGAUAGCACCAGCCCCAGCCAAGGGAGGAAAAAUUGCAUCGCGUCCCGCUUCUAGAGCAUCGAGCAAGCCUCCCUCGGGAAGACCUAGGGGACGCCCGCGCAAGAAGCCCCUUCAAGUUGAAGGUAGUACUUCUGGUAUUGAGGACGUUACUGAUGCCGAUGAUGGACCCCCACGAAGCAAGAAGAGAGCUAUGACGACUAAAGUCGAACGUAACAACGCCGCUACAUUUAGCGCUAUGCCGGAAUCACUUCGAGUCGUUGCUAGCACUGCAGGAUCUAUUCGAAAUAUCCGACCCGUCGCCAUCGCAGGUGAUGCACGUGCGGGUAAUCAUCAAGAAGUCCCACGAGCACCGACACCGGUCCCGAUACCUCGUCUCCCAGGCUUCCCACAAGCACGAACUACAGCAUCGAGCGGCUUAAGUCGCGAAUCAAUGCCACGCAUGGAAGUCGAUGAGUUUACGUCGACCUACGGCCAAGGCGCUCGCUCUCCUGCCGAAUCUGCUGGGAUUUCGCCAAGUCAGAUAUAUUCCGAUGAAGCUAGUCCUGCUGACAUUGGGUCGUCUCCUCCGGGCCCGCGCUCUACAUUGUUUAGUGCCCGAUCUAGCCCGACGCCCUCGAGCCCAAUCUUGCCCCCGAUGCCAUCGGCAAGGGUACAGCCCGAUUCGGGCUUCAUGAGUGGAGGACUUGACAGUCGAGUAGAUGACGAUGCGAUCAACCAGGCAGCCAUUAGUGCCCCGCAGAAGGCUGUUAUGGCAGCGAAGGCGAAGCCUCGUCGGAGCCGUGCAAAGAAGGCGCCAGCUACUGGUCAGAGUGAUCUCAUAAUUCACACUGAGGUUCCUGGACCACCCGAACUACUACCUCAGACAUCGAUCUAUAACCCACCCUAUCUGAUUCGAAAGAAUAGCGAGGCCGCUAAAACCCCGGUGGUUAACAGACCUCCUAGUUUGCCGCCUUUCCCCGAGCCAUCAGAGAGAAUGGAGUUAGAGGCUGCUGAGAAACAACCUAUGGAAAAGGCAACGCCCACCGAGGUCGAGACUACACAGGGCGGUGCGAUGAAUCUCGGUACGGCAACGCCUAUGGAUUUGGUAGAAGACCAGAAUCAGCUGGAUUUAGAUUCGUUCGACUAUGACAGUCGACGCUUUGCGGCCUCUGUCGCUCCGUCGCUUGACAGCAGUGCACAGCCAACAGUGGAACAGGCCACAGCUGGUCUCACUGACCCUCCAAAACUUGCCGACCCGGUCCGCGAACCGCUUGCCGAACUAGAGCUCCCGAUGGUGCCUGCGAGCGAUCAUAACCCACCCCAUUCGAUGUUAACAAUGCCUUUGUCGGAGUCAUCUUACUCCCAAUCGGAUGCUAAUGGCUCUACCGAUGGGAAGUCAAACAAGAACGUGGUGAAGAGACUGACCAUCAAGCAGAAGCUGGAGGAGGCCGUCUUGUUAGGACAGCUCCCCUCCUAUUGCAACAAUUGUGGGGCUAUUCAGACGCCCACAUGGCGAAAAAUCUGGAAGCAAGUACGAACUGGAGUCCCAGCAUACCACGAAUAUUCAGAGAAGCCUGGCUUUGUCACCGCUAUCACUAUCCUCGCCCGAGAUGCUUCCGACCAUCCGACGGCGUACGAGAUCAUCAAGAAAUCCUUGGGUCCAACUGAUAAGAAGAGUGCUUGGACAGAGGUGCUUCUUUGCAAUCCGUGCGGGAUUUGGUUCAGCAAAUUCAAACAACACAGGCCAGCGGACAAGUGGGAGAAGGACGAGUCACGACUGGCUCAGACACGAAAGAAGAGACCCAAUAACAGUGGGCAACCUCGAUCGAAGAAGGCUCGGACUAAGAGUGAUACGCAGACGACUUUGACUUCUGAGGCUUUCCUCCCAACAGAUCCUCUUGGCCCACCGGAUGGCCCUACACCUCUAGAGGACAUGGCUACGAUACCGGUUAGUCAGUCACAGCACCAGGGAGAGAUGGUUGAGGAAGUGAAUCGGCAGGGUUCAACACAUUCUAGAGCAUCUACUCACUCCCGAGGAAGUGGGACCUUUGAUAGCCCAAUUGCCGUUGACGAUGAGCUCGGACCAACCCGCCGAGUACUCUUCCCAUCGCCACGAAAGGAAGGCGAGCAGAGGGUUCUAGGUGAAGUUUCCGUCAAUAUCGUGCAGACUUCUCCGGAAUUUCUCAAUGCUAAGGGUGAUGGUGAAAUGGAGAAGGAGAAUAACGACUUGUCACUGGAUGGAGUAGUCUUCACUGACAAAGAUUUUGCUGAUAUAUUUGGCACUCCUCCUCGCCCCUCCACACCCCCUCCCAAUGCCAACAACAGUGGUCCCUUCAAGACCCCGACUCGCGCUACGCCAGGUCAUCGACCGGUCACUAGGAGUGUCACCAGGUCCAUGCGUUCUGUCAGGUCUAUCAGUUCACCUAGUCGGAUCCUGAUGAUGGAUCAUACCCCUACCAGGACUCCCCACACUGGUGUGGCUAAGCGCCACUCGCCGAAUGGCUUGAUGCCGUCGCAUCUAUUGGACGAGGAAGGGUUCAAUACACCUUUUGCAAGACCUUUUGGUCAUUUCCUGUCAGGUUUCAAUCAGGAUGCAGAACAGGAGUCAGAGCAGCCAGAAGAACAAGAACCUUUGCCUGGCAUCCCGAUCAACCUGGAUGAGUACUUCGGCAGGUCAGAGCCCGUAGACUUCGGUCGCGCAUUCGGCAUGCCUGCUGUGUCUCCUGAACCUAAGAAGAUCCGCGAGCGCAGCCCGGGGCAUGACCGUCGGGUCGCAACCUACUUCGCUAUGAUGGAGGCGGGCACUGUUCACAUCCCUGACGUAGUGAAGGGCAGACCUGUCGAUUAAGUCCUUCGCACGCACAUUCGCAGUUUUGUGUUAGUACACUUUGGUAACACAACGACAUUGGCGUCUU